AUGGAUUUUGAUACAAUCAAACCAAUUAUUGAUGCAAUUAAUAACUCAGAAAAUCAAAUCUUUUGUAUUAAUGUUGCACAUAUUAUAUCUCAAAGGACUAAUGUUUUAUGUAAUCUAUGUGGUGGUCUUUUACCAUUACUUGCCAAUGCAAUAUCUGCAUCACAUGAAAUUGAAAUAUUAGAAAAUAUGGAAGAUUUAUCACAAUUGAAUGCACUUAAAAUAUUAAAACAUGUUAUGAGUUUAACUGAUUUAUUUAUUCUUGCGAAUAGUUUGAGUUUUGCUGAACUUAAACAAGAGAUAAAUAUGCCAAAUGGAGAAAUUUUAAGCCAAUGUCUUCAAUUAACAAUGACUACUGCUGUUUGUCAUUGUAUGGAGUAUUAUUUUCAACAAUUGGAUCGAUCAAUAAAAUCCUCUCAAACAUCAUCACAACAAUCAAAAACUUCAACGAAAGAUCCAAUUGAAUCAAUAUUUGAAUUAAUUUAUUUAAUAAAUUCUCGAGAGAAAACUAAUUGUGAUGAACCUAUUUAA